AUGAUCACAGAUCAGAACUCUUUUUGUGCAAGAAUUCUAAUAGCAAAGUACUUCCACAACAAAGACCCUCUAAGUGAUAAAAUUACUUCAAAUGGUUCUUGGAUAUGGAAAAGUAUACAUAGAGGACUUAAAAUUUUCAAGAAGUAUUACAUCUGGAGUGUGGGGGAUGGUUCUAGAGUUAAAAUAUGGAGACACAAUUGGAUUCCAUGGGUUCACCACUCUCAGCUCUCAAAUGCAGCACAAUUCUCUGACAAUAAUGAUACAGUUAAAAGCUUGAUUCAGCAAGAAAACACACAAUGGCACUUAAAACUUCCAUACAAGCUGAAUUUAUUCAUCUGGAGAUGCUUCAAAGACAUUCUGCAAACAAGAACCAGAUUGGGGAGACACAUGCAGCUAGAAGAUUAUAGUUUCCCGUUCUGCAAACAACAACCAGAGACAGACAUGCACAUCCUUCUACAAUGCAACCUAGCAAAAGCCAUUUGGUUUUUCCUUCUACCAGAAGCAAUGGACUCCCAACAACAAUUUAACUCUCCGCAAGAGUGGAUAAAAUCUUGGAACCAAGCUCAGAGCAUCACCUGCUUCAAAAAUGAGAAUAAUAUCCUUUUAGCCACUGUCAUUAUGUGGCAGAUUUGGAAAUCCAGAUGCAUAACAGUUUUUGAGGAAAAAGUUUCACAUCCUAACAGCAUCAUAAUAAGCAUUAGGCAAUUAUGCAUGAAAUACAACAUACUAGGCAGUGAGACUAAUCCUAUAAGUAGAAACAAUAAUAGUAAACCUAAGAAUAAGUGGAAAAAACCACCUGAAAAUUGGUGA